UGAGGACUCAUAUACUACUCCUGUGUGCAUGCACGACUGCACUCGUUGUUGCUCAAUGGACCGAGCCACCUCCUCGCGAGGCGCCGACUCUCCAGUAUGAAGUUGCGAGCGCUGUUAUGCAUAGCCGCUCUAAGUCAGUUUUAGUCUGGGGCUGCGACCCGGCACUUCAGCGAGUCUUCGAUUUGAUCAAGCUAAUUCCUCCUGCCAACAUCACCGUGUUCUGUCGGCACACAGAACGAUGUGCAAACGUUAAGGAUGUUGCUGCGAAGCUUCAGAUAACCCAUACGGUGUGCGGGGAACAGGAUUCAACGGGCCUGGGCCAUCACGACGCCGUCCUGUUUGCGCAGUCGUCUUCGUGCUUGAACAGCGGGUGCAUCAAAGCGAAGCUUGAUGCAGAGCAGUUGGCCGAUCGGGUGUUCAUGGUGUGGGAGUCACAUGGCCCCAGCGGCAAACUUUUAGUUACAAUGAAGACUUCACGCACUGUCGAAUUCCAUGAGAAGGGUGUUCCGGCUGGCGACAUCUUCACGCGCAUUUACGGAUCAAAGCUGUGGGGCACCGCCGGAGGAGGCUCUGGAAUUGGCUCCGAGCCCAACUGCACACAGUUUAUCCGUCCUAAAGUUGUGUCCGUCAUCCAAAAAUAUAACAUCCAGUCCAUGGUUGACGCCCCUUGUGGUUCCAUGGCCUGGAUGCCGAUGGUGCUGGAGCAGGUUCCCAACAUCACCUACACCGGCAUUGACGUGGCGUGCAACUUAAUUACCGAGCACCAGGUUAACUUUGCCAGCCGCAACAACUGGAGGUUCUACUGCGCGGACGUGUGCCACCAGGGCCUGCCGCGCGCCGACCUGGUGUUCAGCCGGGACGCGCUGCAGCAUCUGCCGCUGAGCUACGUGCACUCCUUCUUGCACAACGUGCGAGACAGCGGCGCCAAGUACCUGCUGGUCGGCAGCUACCUCAACGAAAGCACCACGCAGUACCGGAACCUGGACAUCGCCGUGGGCGACUACUACGACAUCAACCUGCUGGAGAAGCCCUUCUCGCUGCAGCACGCACUGCUGGAGACGCUGGACGAGGAGUACCGCUACACCGGCUUCGCGCACAAGUCCAUGUUGUUGCUGGACGCCACCAAACUUUAACUGCGUAGCUGGAGCUGUGUGUAUAAAUCUUGAGUUAGGAUAGGCAGAAGGGGAAGGAGUCUGCACCAUGAAUGCGAAGAAUCUGCAAGCGAACAGUGUGCCGUGUACAUUGUUUACGUGUGUUGCAUACGUGUUGCGUUUGUGGAGCAAGGGUGGAGUUUCGGGUUCGGGGGGCAUGGUGGGCACAGUGGCUGGCUGGUGGCUGACUGGCCGCUGGCGGGCAUGACUGUUGAGUAGGACACUGGUAAAAUCCAAUGACGGCAAUUUCGACAACAUGUCUUUCAAAAGGGGGGCAUUCCCUGAGCAAAAUUGUAGGCUGCACGUUUGGGUAAGGUAGUUGGGCAGUUCAGGAGCGUCAGCCUCAGUCCCAAGUUUCCAGUUCGCGCAUGGUUGAACCGUUGAAACAAGUAAACCGGUGCCUUUCGCCUGCCCCUGGGACGGCUCACGGCUGGUCGGCUGGUUUUCUGCAAUGGGCUUCGGACCAUGUAAGCUGCAUUACGG